AUGGCGCCUAGCUUCGGUGGUCUAUCAGGCAGGAAACUGUCAAUGACAGUUUCCACAAUCGCAACAAUGGGAUUCCUGCUCUUCGGCUAUGACCAAGGAGUCAUGUCAGGAAUCAUCAACUCAAACGUCUUUGACAAUGUCUUCACAGCAGCCAAAAACAACUCAGUCAUGCAAGCGCUGAUCACGGCAAUCUACGAACUAGGCUGUCUCUUCGGUGCCAUGUUCGCCCUUUUCACCGGAGACUGGCUCGGUCGUCGCUGGAUGGUCAUCUGCGGCGCAACAGUCAUGAUCAUCGGUGUUGUAAUCCAGGUCACAGCCUUUGCCGAUCACAUCCCCUUGCUGCAGUUCAUGAUCGGCCGUGUUAUCACCGGCGUCGGUAACGGCAUGAACACCUCCACCAUCCCCACCUACCAAGCCGAGUGCUCGCGCGCCAGUAAUCGCGGUCUUCUCAUCUGCAUUGAGGGCGGUAUUAUCGCCAUCGGAACAGCUAUCGCAUACUGGAUCGACUUCGGUGCCUCGUACGGUCCUGACGAUCUUGUCUGGCGUUUCCCAAUUGCAUUCCAGGUCGUUUUCGGUGUUAUCAUUAUCGUCGGCAUGUGGUUCAUGCCCGACUCGCCUCGCUACCUCAUCUCUCGCGGCAAGAUCCACGAGGGCGAGUAUGUACUUGCUGCGCUCGCAGGCCUCGAGAUCGACGAUCCAGAGACCCAGCUCCAAAAGCAGCUUGUCAUUGAAUCCAUCGAGGCUGCCGGUGUCGCUGAGGGCGCAGGGUAUUCUGAUCUCUUGACUGGCGGCAAGACCCAGCAUCUGCGCCGCAUGCUGAUCGGUGCUUCCUCCCAGAUCGCGCAGCAGCUCAGUGGCUGUAAUGCAGUAAUCUACUAUCUCCCGGUCCUAAUGGAGAGUUCCCUUAAACAGAGCACCUUCAUGUCGCUGGUGAUCUCCGGUGUGAAUAUGAUCGUGUACGCCCUCUUCGCCACUUUCUCCUGGUUCUUCAUCGAGAAGAUUGGUCGCCGAAAGCUGUUCAUUGGCGGCAUGACAGGCCAGUGUAUUUCCAUGAUCAUAGUUUUCGCCUGUUUGAUACCAGGCACGACCAGCGCAGCAAAGGGUGCCGUUUUCGGUCUGUUCCUGUACAUGGCAUUCUUCGGUGCUGCCAUGCUCCCCCUGCCGUGGCUGUACCCAGCCGAGAUCUCGCCCAUUCGCACUCGCGGCAAGGCCAAUGCCGUGUCCACCUGCUCUAACUGGCUUUUCAACUUCACCGUCGUCAUGAUCACGCCGGUUAUGAUCGCCAAUAUCGGCUGGGGAACAUACCUCUUCUUCGCAUGCAUGAACGCCAUCUUCAUCCCGAUCAUGUACUUCUUCUACCCAGAGACAGCGGGACGUUCACUCGAAGAGAUAGAUAUCAUCUUCGCCAAGGGCUACUGUGAAAAUAUAAGCUACGUCAAGGCAGCCCAUGACCUCCCUCGCCUUACAGACGAACAAAUCGAGCAAAAAGCCCUGGAGUACGGCUUCCGCGAUGCAGGCGACAAGUCCGACCCCGAGAAGGGCCGCUCAGGUUCAUCAUCAGAUGAACAGCAAGAAAUAUUUGCUCCCACUGUUGGAGAAAAAUAG